UUCUGAUAUAAUCUGAGAUUAAUAAUUUGAAAUUAUUUGCACGAUUCAACCAUAACGACGCGAAUUCCAUUCACAGUGGGAGUUUGAGGUUGGCGCCUUGAAUACGUCAUUGUCUUAUCGUGCUCACACUGCGAUUUGGUCAGAAGCGAAAACUUCACGAGUUAGUGCCAGUGGUUGUUAGUCUAUAGCGGUUGGCAAGACAGCAUAUUAAACAUAGUAUGUUGUAUAUGCGUAUAUUUAGAUCAGCAGCACAGCAAGACUUUUGUAUUUUCGACAAAACAAAAUCUCAAUCGCCAAUGAUUGUGCAUAUAUUUAUAUAUAAAUUUAUUUACGAAAUUACUUAAUUGAUAAAAUGUCGUACUUUUUAAUGAUUUAAUUAAGCGCUUUAGCUCCCCAACCACAGUGGAAUUAAAGGAAUUGCAUAAAAAUGAACAGUAAAUAGGUUGAUGGUCUUGCGAAUAUUAUUAAUAUAUUUAAUUGGCCGCAAUCGGCAACACAAGAAUCUGGUUUUCCGCGGAAUUUCGCACGUGACUAAAUUGAAUGACGUUUUCCCGCCUAUCGGACCACGUGGCCAAUGUAUAGGGUUUUCCCGCGCAUCUGACCGGAAUACCUUCUGUUUAAAUGUUUGUCAGCUUAAAGUGCUUCUUUCAACAGGUUACAGUGUAAGUGAUUGUAAUUUUUGCUUUCUGUUAUGGCUCAAGACGGAAUUCCAUGUCCAUGUUGCACAUCGCGCCACUCAAAACGUAAGUUAAUGGAGCAUUUGUUGGAUAACCAUCACUACUGCCGUAGAUUUUGUUGCAAGAUACAAGAUUGUGGUAAAGUUUAUUCAACCCGAUCAAGCUAUCAAAGGCACAUGCAGAGACUGCACAACGAUUUGUUGCGCGCGAAUACAGCACCUGUUUCAAAGAGACUGCACAAAGACGUGUUGCGUGCGAAUACAGCACCUGUAUCAAAGGUACCACCGCGGAUGUAUGACACAGAUAGUACAGUUCCAGUGUCAACUUCAUCUGAAAGCAGUGGUUCCAAAGUCAACAAGGAAGAAGAAGUAAAACACUUGUUAUCUUCAUUAUCAGAGUCUUCAAUUCAACAAAGCUAAGAAAUUAAACACCCCUGGGUUUUAAACUAUCAAAUUCCAAAGUUUCCCGAUCAUAUCUGACUUCUAUCAACACAGACAGGCUGACCUCUAAAAUUAUCAGAGAAAUUGCUCAAAUUGUGUUUAAUUCCAUGGCACAGCAUACUCUCUAUCCAAAAUCUUAUGAGUACAGAAGUGUCUGCUUAAUGUUAGUUAAGAAAUAUCCAAAUCUUCAGGAUAAAGGUUCUAACAAUCUAUUCGACACCUGGCUUGAUUCGCUAAGACAAAGAUUUCGGGAUGCGAGGAGAACAAUGAUCAGCAACGAGCGGGUCCAAACAAUGAAACGAAAGUAUGGCUUUAACAAGCAUGUGAAAACAGCUGAAAAUCCAAGUACAAGUGAAGAUAUCCUAACAACACCAGCUAAGCGACCACUUUUGAUUUUGGAUGAAGCUUCGCAAGUGUUCUGUAAAGAUGUGGAAGCAAAAUUUACAGAAAACAUGAGACUACUCGAUAAUAUAAGGAAGCUGCUUAUGACAAAAAAAUUUUCAAUGUUUGCACGAGCCAACCUAUUUCAUGCAGACAAGUAUCGGAGUUUGUUGUGCAUUCCGGCAUUGUUUCGAGAAAACGAAGUUCACUUCUUGUUCUCUAAGGAUAAUGCUGAUGUCGUCCCACCGUAUCCAGCAAUCUACAUUGCUGGCGUAGAUGAGCCUCCAUUCAUUUAUCUGCAUGGAAGAAAGUUGUGCAAGGCAGAAGAUAUUAAACAAGCUGUACUACUCAUCUACUGUUGCUACUGCGUAUUUAAUAUCGUCAUUCCAAAAAACUUGCUAAAAACCUUUAAACUGAUUGGAUACCUUGCUAUCAGUACCGAUGUAAAAAACAAUACAGUUCAAAAAGCGUUGAACCAUAUUUUAAGUCGAAUGUAA